AUGGUGAUUGCCGGUGCGCCUGAGCCGUCGCCAGAGCUCGUUGCCGCCUGGUCAGCUGCGGCCGGCAAGCCUCAGGCGGAGCCCGAAAGGGCGACCAUGGCGACAAAGCCCCCUCUACCGCCGGCUCCGAAGCCCGUGACAACAGUCGCUGAAAAGACUCCUCCUUACGCACCCGCGGAUCCCCUUGCCGCGUCAGAGGCUGACUCGUCUGCCCCCGCUGCUUUUCCGUCUGCUCCGCCUGUGGCCCCUGGCCCCUCGGCUCCCCUUGUCGAGCCGUUGGCGUCUGCCCCUGUUGGGGGUGUUGCUGAUCCCCCUGCGCCUGUCCUUGGCGCCCCUGUUGCACCGCCCGCUUCUGUCCCCGGCGUGCCUGCUCCGGCCUCUGCUUCGUCACCGAAGGAGGCGUCCGCCACCACUGGCGGACCGGCUCCGUUAGUUGCGCCCUCGGCGGCGGGACAGUCCGCACCUGCUGUGACGCCGAUGGCUUCGGCGGGUCAGGGGGAUUGGAGGGGUCCCCGUGCUCGUGGCGGGGGUGGGGGGUACCGCCCGCCCGUGGCGAUGGCGGAUCUUCAGCGGGAAGUGUCGAGGGCAGUUCGUGAAGAGAGGGCGGCGCAGAGCCAGAGCAGUUCGAUGCGCGCCUCGCCAGCCCACGAGGCUCCUCGUCCGGCUGCGCUCCCCGCGAACCUGCAACCUGUCGCUGCGCCUCCCCCUCAGAUCCAUGCCCCGCCAGCUCCUGCUCCCGCUGUCUCGGCACCUGCUCCCGGCUCUCGUCCCCAUCUGCCGCCGGUUUCGCCCGUUGCGGGAGUGGAGUUUGUGGCAGCGGGUGGUGGCGCGGAGGCGGCUCCGUAUGCUCUCCAAGUUGAUGCUGAUGAGCCGCUCCAGUUCUUGGCGGAGGCACUCCAGCCUCCGCAGACCCGUGUUCCCGAGGCGAUACUCGGCCAGCUCCACCGCCUCGCGGAGAGUCUCCACGCGCUGCUGCUGAUUCAGGUCCUUGCUCACUCCUCUCUCCCCGUGAUCCCUCCUGAGACCUUCCGUGGCCGCCAGCGUGACACUUGCUUGGACGCGACGGACCAGCUAGCAGUGCUGCUGGCGCCCGUGCUGGCUGCGCCCGCGAAGGGUGGCGCUGCUGCCGCGGGACAGCUUGACGAGGCUGUCCGGGGCUUGAGGCGGCACUUGCGCGCAGGAUCUGGAGCCGCGGCGAUCGGCGCAAGCACGCUUGUGGUCCGGGAGCUGUGGCGCUCCCUGACAGGCGUUCUUCACGCCCUUGGAGCUCACCGCAUGUAG